ACGCUCUCCGCGCCACAUACAAACUUAACAGCUCCGAACGGUACCACGGCCAUGAAGCAAGCUGCAUGAAGCUAAGUGGGAAAUGUUAUUUUAUCGACGCAAUAUUGGAGGUAUUUAAAGGGAUCAAAAGUUUAAUUCUGAUUUGACUUCCACUCGUAAUCGACAUGUCUGGAUAUGGAGCCCCAUCUUUGGUAACGGCGCCCGCCUUGAAUGAGGCUAAAGCCCUCCAUGAUUUGACAAGCUUGUUGCGACACAUUGACGACAAAGGAGAAUUGAAAGAACUGCUAGAGAAUGAGAGCCAACUUAAUGACAUCAUUUCAGAUAACGAGGAGGUAAAAAAGGUCAAGACUCAGCGAGAAAUGCUGCUGGCCAGUAAUAGAAGCCUUGCUGAAUACAAUCUACAGCAACAGCCAAUACUAGAAUCAAGAAAAAACCAACUAUAUGAAGCUCACCAAAACAAGGCUGUGAUUCAAGGGGUGUUUGAAAAGAACAGACAAAAACUGGAGGCACUCUCAAGCCAAUAUUCACCAGACACAACAUUAGCAUUGCUGCAAACCUCUACAGCACAAGCUGAAGAAGAAGCAGAGAAAAUUGCUGACAGAUUUCUAGAUGGAGAAAUCAAUGUUGAGGACUUCAUCCAAACAUUUCAAAGUCAGAAAACUGUUCAUAGCUUACGGAAAAUUAAAAGUGAAAAAUUGAGUGAGCUGUUAAGAAGUAGAACAUCUUCCCAAUAUUCAUAUAGAUUUUAGUAAACAACUUAAUGUACUUUCUAGUAAAUUGUGAACAGAUUUAAAAGCAGUAUGUUAGGGGUGGUGUAUGGUAAAUGCAAGACCGUGCAAGAUGAGAGUAGCGUUUCUCUUUGCAAGCCCGAGACAUUUUGACCUUUCAUUUGCAACACCAAGGACUUGAAAGGUCAAGACAGUCAGGUUCUAAGACGUUUAGAUGUCAUUUAUAUGUAAUUUUUAAAUAUAGAAAGAAACGAAUUGCCACUUUGAGACUUUCUUAGCCUUGAGACACCCGUGAAAUUUGAUGAAAAUUUUGUGAGACCCAUGGUUUUUGAAGCACCAUUCACCACCCCUUAUGUAGUUUUAGUGUGCAGUCACUCAUAAAGGUCUGGUUCUGGUGACUGAUGUUCUAACAUUCCCUAUGAUAGACUGUUGCAAAGUUAAGAUUUAAGAUUUAAGAUUUAAUUCAUUAGACACUGGCAUGUCAAUAACUUAAAUGCUCAUUGUCCCUAAAGAUGACUCCACUUGUUGUCUCAAAAUCAUCUUAGAAAAGUUUAACUCCGGUGCAUUGUACGACAACUUUAUCAAAAUGCUGCCUAGUUCCUGUAUGGCUUUCUUCCACGUCUUCACAGUCAAUUGAUUUCAGUGAUGUAUCCGAGAUGCACUGUAAAUGGCUGGACCACUUUUCGCCUCGGACCAUGUGACCCAAAAAUGAUUGACUAUGGCGAAGUAUUGAGCCAUAGGAAGUAGGCAACUCAAAAUGGUGGAAACACAGAACAGAAGCAAAAGUAAUUGUCUUAUGGCGCUUGGGGCUAUAUUGUUAGUCAAAUGUACAAAAGGAAUAUUUAGCUAAGUGUAGAUCUUUUGAUUCAGUUGCUUUGGAAUGGCAAUGCAUUGCUAAGGAAAGUAGUGUAUUAGGUGUAUGGAGUCUACAGUAACAUAAAGUACAUCAAGAUAGAGCAGAUUUAAGCAUUGUUGUAGUGUUGUUGGUGUUGAUGCAAAUUAUUUGCCUUGAUAAAGAUGUUUCAUUUUGGAAA